CCCUUGUAUUUGAGUCUGUUUAAGCAGAGCUGCAUCUGGGCAGUUUAUUUCUUUCCAUUUUAUUCUGAAGUCUGAUGUUAUCAGUUACAUUUAUUACAUGCAUUAAACUAAACUUGAGGCAGACAAACUAAAGAGACAGCAGUCCUAUCCUUCAAAACUCGGUCACUAGGCUGCUGUGAAAAUGUAAACAGGAGACACUGCAGCACUGAACACCUCCCUGCUGCCUCUAUUCUCUAUUGUGUCUUCCCGGCUUUGCAGUCUGGCCCACGUGAUCCCCUGCUGCCAUGUGAUUUGGUGAUGUCACGCAGCAACGGAGGAGCAGCUGGACGAUAAGAAGCAGAAGCUGCCAUAUAUUAGGCAGAUGAUCGUCAACGUGAACAUUUCUAAGGGAAUUUUCGCUAGCGUUACUUUCUUCCUAGUGAAACUUCGUUAACAUACGCUUACCACCAUGAGCCUUCACCCAUUUUUGUUGGUGGCAUGCAGUCUCACUGCCUGGAUCACACUCUACCUCUUCAUCUGCCAGCUUAAUAAGAAUAAAACCUAUGAGUGGAACUGCCGAUUAGUUACCUUGAUUCAUGGUGCUCUGAUUAUUUCUCUAUCAGCGUAUGUGGGAUUCAUUGACGGUCCAUGGCCAUUCACACAUCCAGGCUCUCCAAAUACCCUGCUUCAAGUGCACGUGCUAUGUCUGACACUGGGAUACUUCUUCUUUGACUUGUGUUGGUGUGUGUAUUUUCAAACAGAAAAAGCCUUGAUGUUGACCCAUCACAUUCUUAGCAUCCUUGGCAUAAUUAUGGCACUAAUCCUUGGUGAAUCGGCUACUGAAGUUAAUGCUGUCUUGUUUGGCAGUGAAAUAACAAAUCCCCUGCUGCAAGUGCGAUGGUUUCUGCGGGAAACAGCUCGCUACGACACCUUCCUUGGGGACACUGUGGAUUUCUUGUUUGUGGCUCUUUUUACCACUGUGCGCAUAGGUGUGGGAGCCUGGCUUUUAUACUGUGAACUUACCUCCCCAAAACCAUACUGGUUUGUUAAAAUGGGAGGUAUUGCUAUGUAUGCUAUAUCUUGGUGCUUCAUGAUAAGUAUCUGGCGCUUUGCUUGGAGACGAAGCCUCAAGAAAUACAAAAUGUGGAAAGAUAACAAUGGUACAAGCGGUCAGAUACAUUACAAUGGGCAUCCUAAAUCUCUAUGACGUCAGGAUAUGAGAAAUACAAGAGAAGACUGAGUAGGGGCCAUGUAGCUGAUAUUGUAUUCCUUGUAAAAUUUUAACAAGGAUAAACUCUGAAUUUACAAGGCAAUACUCUCCUGUAGCAGUAGUGGUAAGGAACAUUUUAGUGAUAUGGACUAGUACUUGAAAGUGUUUUCUCUAUUUUUAAAUUAUUAGUUAUUAUUAUGGAAAACCAAGAAAAAGUAACAAAAUGUUUGUGUGUGAGAGAAACAGAGUGAGAAUGGAUUAUUACAGGUAUCCUGAUCUUGCUAAUUUCAUGUUACAAAAGUGGUAUAACAUUUUUUUUUUUUGUAUAGGGAUCCAAUGUUAAAGAAAAUGCUCUUUUAAGCACAUUUUCAAAUUGCUGGUAAUAUUAGGUUUAGCAGCUCUUUCUUAGAACUUUUGUACGGAAGGCUUGAGUUAUUUGAAUAAGCAUACACUCUGCAUUUUUCACUUAGCACUGCACUAAAAUGGAAAAGGGACACAGAAAACACUAAGCAUUAAUAUUAUUUUAUAGGAGAUAUCCCUGAAGGUUCAGUUAACCCCAAGCAAUUGCUACAGCAGUCAAAAUCAAUUUUUAAGCCAACCUGUCCGUGAGUAUCAUGUCUGUAUAACAAUGAGUGGUGAAUAUGAUACUCUGAUACACAAGAUGGUAUAAAAUAAAUAGCGUAUAUAUAUAUAUAUAUAUAUAUAUAUACAUGGACCUAUUAUCCAGAAUCCUUGGG